AUGCUGAACGCCAAGAGCGCGUACGGCAGCUUCAAGGGAAGUUCCACGUGGAAGGCGGGCGCGGACUGCUCCACGUGGCAGCGUGUGCAGUGCAACAGCGCGGGUGACGUCACGCACCUCCACCUCGCGAACGCGAUGAUUCGCUCCACGGGCGUCGGCAUCGCGCCGUCCCUCUCCGUGCUCACGAAGCUCGCCUUCCUCAGCCUCUACAACAACAGCAUCACCGCCGAACUCGGAACCGUCCUCUCCACCCUCACUUCCCUGAAAACCCUCAACCUUCAGCUGAAUCGCUUUUACGGGAGCGGCUCGAGCAGAAUCUGGAAAUUAACUCAGCUCACGUACCUCGAUAUCUCCCACAAUCUGCUCGUCGGGCCGCUCGGCGCGGGGCUUGGCGCGCUGACGAACCUCGCGUACCUAGACGUGUCGUCGAACUACUUCCGCGGCGCCAUGCCCGCGUCGUUCAGCAACCUUGUGAAGCUCAAAUACAGCGACUUCAGCGGCUGCUUCUUCACGGAGCUGCCGCCCGCCUUCCCCGAGCUGGACCCGGGCAACUUGACCUUCGCCGCGAAAAGCAACCUCAUCAUGAGCAUCCCCAUCACCUUCCCCGCGUCCGCCGCGGGCGUGUUCAGCAUCGACCUGUGGGGGAACCUGCUGGCGGAGCUCCCGACGGAGGUGGCGCUGCUGACGGAGCUCAAGGUGCUGAACCUCGCGGCGAACCGAAUCACGACGCCACUGGAGGACAUCGCGUGGAGCGAGCUGGUGGCGCUGGAGGAGCUGUACCUCGGCCGCAACGCCAUCACCGGCACCGUCCCCACGGACCUCGCGGCGCUCACUGGGCUGAGGCACCUGCACUUCCACACGAACCUGCUCACGGGCUCGCUGCCCGACGAGCUGACGCUGCUCACGGACCUUGUCUCGCUGGACAUCGGACUCAACGUGGCUCUGGGCGACAAACAAGAUUUUCCCGCGGGGUUCAGUGAGCUGCAGUCGCUGACGCGGCUGGUGUUGAUUGGGGAUGACUUUGCCGGGCUUCUGCCGCAGCCGUACUUGGGGGCGGAGCCGGGGUUCUACCUGGACGUGCGGAACAACUCGUUCACGGGGUCGCCCUUGGUGCGGGAUGUGUGCCCCAACUCGCGGCCCAACCGGCUGCGCGUGGCGUGGAACUGCCUGGAUGACGAGACGGACUGCUCGACCAGCCAGCGCGUCCCUGCACGCGCGCAGACCAUCAAACCGCCGCAGGAGUCGGCGCUGCUGAGCCUCAAAACGGCCUUCGGAUACUUCACGGGGAGCAGCACGUGGGGCGCGGGGAAGCCCUGCGCGAACUGGCUGCGCGUGACGUGCAACUCCGCGGGGGACGUGCUCCGCCUCAACUUCACUUCCGCUAGCAUGCGCUGGAAGACCGCGGGGAUCCCCAUCGCGCUCACGAACCUCACCAAUCUCGACACCCUUAUCCUCGCCAAUAACGAGAUCGUCGCACCGAUUCCGUGGUACUUAUCGAAGCUGCCGAAGCUGAAGCGCCUCGACCUAAGCAACAACACGUUCUACGGCGGAACGAAUCAGAUCUGGACGCUCACCAAGCUCACCUUCCUCGACGUUUCCAAGACGCUCCUCCGCGGCGCGCUUCCGCCCGCCAUCAGCGGAUUGGCCAAUUUGGUGGUUCUCAACGUCAGCGAUUCAUAUUUCUCUGGACCAAUCCCGGACGCGUUUUCGAGUCUGGCGAAGCUGCAGUUCGGCCAAUUGGACCGCUGCUUCUUCACCGCCCUCCCCGCCGCGCUUCCAGAGCUCGUGGAUGGCGCGUUCACCUUCACGGCCUCGGGAAACCUCUUCUCGGACAUUCCCGCCACCUUCCCCGCAUCUUCCGCCGCGGUUGACACGCUGGACCUCUCGUCCAAUCGUAUCACUGCCCUCCCGACGGAAAUCUCCCUCAUGAGCGACCUGCGCCAGCUCAACCUGGCCAACAACCAGCUAAGCAUCGCGCUGGCUGACGUCACCUGGAGCGGGCUUCCGAGCCUAGAGGUGCUGAACCUGGGGUUUAACGAGAUCACGGGUUCGAUUCCUGCUGAGGUCAGUGACCUCUCCAACCUCAAAACGCUGCAGCUGCAGAACAACACCCUCAGCGACGCAGUUCCCGAUGAGAUUGGAUCGCUGGUGAAUCUGACAGCGCUGGAUCUGAGCAACAAUGGCCUCACGGGCGAUCUCCCAGAUAGCCUCAACGCCCUCUCCUUCCUGCUGCGCCUCGUGCUCGCUAAUAACCAGUUAACCGGCCCACUGCCCCAGCCUUACCUUGGCGCCAAUAGCAAGUUCUUUCUGGAUGCCCGAAACAACUUGUUCACGGGGUCACCGCGCGUGAAGGGCAUUUGCCCGAAUGCGCGCCCGGCAAAGCUACUGGUGACAGGGAAUUGCCUGGAUGACGAGCAGGGGUGCACCACGGUGCAGAACACAUGCGGCCCAACAGUCCUGAUCGAUGAGUGGCUGCCAGUUUCCCCGCCUCCAGCCAGCGCCACUGUCGCCGCGAGCCACGCAAACGACUCAAUCCAGAUCGUCGCUUCUCACCCCGCCGCCUUCGCCAGCGCCCUCUCCUCCCCGCCGGCCAAAGCGGCCGACACCGGCGGCAGCGGAGCGACGGCGAGAAAGCGCCGCCGUGAGGCCUUGGCGGGUGCCGGCAAGCAGCCGAAGCGGACGAAGGGGAAGAAGGAGAAGGCUCCGUUGACCGAGUCAACCGUCGCAACUGGCGGUGAGUGGAAGCAAGUGGACGCUCUGAACGCGAGCGCCUCGGAUUCUUGCGAUCAACCUGAGAGUGCUCCGUCGUCCCCCACUGCCCCCGCCUUCCCGCGCGACGGAUUAGCCGCGCAGCGCAAGCGCGGCGGGGAUUCGGCCAGUCUCGCGGCGCAGGCUCCCGCGCCGAUGAGUCUUGAUACGAGCGCACGCGCCAAUCGCGGCGCGAAACAGAAGGCAGAUGUUGCUGUCGGGCAGCCUCUGGCGAAAAAGUUGUUGCAGCGACGUUCGCUACUGCCUUCUCCAGCGCCCAUCUUUCGCCAAACGCUCGGGGAGCUUUGGAGCUUUCUUGACCCCACGUUCAGUGCCUCCGAACCUGCUUCCAGUCUUGAGCAACCGACCAAGUCCGGACCGAGCCAGAGCUUCAGCCUCGGGCAGGAAGCAACCACCAGCGAGCCGCCUACUCCGAGCGCGCAGAGCUGCCUUCAGCGAUGCCCCACGGACGCGGCGGCUGCGGAGGGGGAUGCAGCAGAGGCGAAUGGUUCGGGAUCUGAGGGCGCCGCGGGCUUGAUCUGCGCGCAGGCGAGCGGCGGUUCGGCAGAUGCGGAAGAAGGGUCGCUGGGCUCAGUGAUUGGCGGCGAGAAACGCGGAGCGUCAAAGACGGCGUCAAUGUCGGCGUCCGCGAGAGCGCGCAGCAACGGGGGCGCCAUUACGGCGAGGCAGGUGGCGGUGUUGCGGGAGGCGGUAGCAGCGGCUCACUCCGCGGGGACGGCGGUCGUCGCGCCCGCGGGGAGCUCCGCCGCGGAUGGGGGGGCUUCGAUAGGCCAGCAGGGCGCGGGAGACGGGGGAAAGCGGCGCGCGCGAAGGCCGUUCUCGCGGCAGGGCAGCUCCAACGCGCCGCACGUGGCCGCGCGCAAUGGCAAGGCGGCGGGCGCGCGUGGCGCGCAGAGGGACGCCGCAGAUGGCGCGGAGGUGGCGCGAGGGGAAUCAGCAACGCCGGGACGGUCGCUGGGCUCCGCCGCGGCUCCUGCUUCCGCCUCUGCUGCUGUGCCCCCUCCUGCUGCUGCUGACCUGUCUGCGUCCUAUGCUGACGUGUCUGCGUCCCAGGCUGACCUGUCUGCUUGCAAAGGUGGCGCCCCUCCCGGUUCGCAUGCACCUGCGCCUCUCUCUCCCCGUCCCGCACGCCCUACCUCCCCACCCCCACUCUCACCCGCCUCCUCACCCCCUCUUGCCGCCCCUUCACUCCCCUCGCCCAUCUCCCCACCGCAACCACGCCCUCACGUGGACGGCAGCAGCAGCAAGAGCCUGCUGGCCGAGCUCUCGUUAGAGUCACCCGCUCUAGGCCCACAGGGCCCCUCGUUUGAAUCACAACUGUAUGAAUCGCCCGAUUGGAGCGGCUCUCCAGCUCUCUCGUUACAGGCACACUCCAUGCCGUCACUGUGGCCUGACGAAGGCACUUCGGACCUCCCACGCAUGCCUCUGGCCUGCGCUGGCGAGCAAGGCUCGGGCGCCGCGCCGAACCUGCUGCCGAGCCUGGAGUGGCAGAUGGCCACAGGUUUGGAAUCCAGGGAGCAGGCCGAGGUGGACUGGGCUCGCCUGCCAGACCUGGACGAACUGCCGAGCCCCUCGCCUCCGCUACCGAUCAUGGAUCCGAGCCUGGCACCGAGCCUGCCGGCCAGCCUGGAUGGGGUGGCAAGCCUGGCAUACUGUGAGCAAGGGGGAAUCAGCGCGGGGUGGCGACCAGCGCAAGAACAACAGCAGCAGCCCGACCUGCAAGAGCAAGAGCAGCAACGGCAAGAGGGGGGCCUUGAGGAGUGGGCACAACUACAUGGCUCUGAGAAGAUUUGUGGGAAUGGGGAUGGAAACGCGGAAGGCGCGGUGGAAGGCGGCAAGGGAGGCGCCGUGGAGGGCGCAGAGGCCCACGAGGCAGCGGUGAGUGCGGAACAGAGAGGUAUGACGGACGGUGGUGAGCGGUGGAGUGCACACGAUGGGGGUCCUCUGGCAGAGCCCACUCUGCCUGAAGGUGCACCGAUGAACCAGCCCUGUUUCCUGAUUGGCCAGUCCCAGCCAUCGCAGCCAAUGAGCACGGAGGAGGCUGCCAGCGUGGCACCAAUGGACUUUGAGGCAGCUGCCAGCGUGGCAGUGAGUGCAGAGCUGUGGGAUUCGCCUCACGCCAUGAACGCCAGUGGCCUGGAGGGGAUGGAAGGUGAGGAGGGAGGAGGAGGGGUGUGGGAGGAGCUGGACGUGGUGGUGUGCGGUGUGAAUGGAGUUAUGAGGGGUGCUGGUGACAUGGAGGACAGGGGCGAGGGGGUGAGAAGGGAGUGGGACCUGGCUUCGGUGGUGCGCGAAUGCACAGCGGCCUGCCUCUCCCCCACGCCACCCACCGCUGCUCCCCCUGCUGUCAUCGCACCUCCUCAACCUCCCGCACUCACCGCCCCUCUCGCCUGCCUGCCUACUGCUGCCGCCUCUCCAUCCCCCAGCAGCGGUGGCAGCAUGGGCGGCAGUUGCUUAAGUCCCCAUCCCGCUCAUCUCGCUGUGCCUGCCUCUGUGCCUUUGCCUGCUGCUGCUUCUUUGGCUGCUGCUGGCAUUGCUGUUGCCGCCCCUGCUGUUGCUACUCCACCCACUGCCAUCCAAGCUGCCACAACGUUUCCACUUGCUACUGCUGCUGCUGCUGCUGCUGCUGCUGCUGCUGCUGCUGCUGAGAUCAGCCCUCACCCCCUUGCCUCCUCCGCUCCUUCUCUCGCGUCUCCCUCGCUCCCUCUCGACCCCCGCCAGAGCAGCUGGGCGGCAGCGUGCCAGGCGGCACACCGCCGCCCAGAGAGCAGUAAGGCCAGCUCUUCUGUCUCUGCUGGUACUACUGCUGCUGGCACUGCUGUUUCUGGCACUGCUGUUGCUGCCGCCAUCCCGCCUCCCCUGCCAGGGCGCGCUCUCAGCUGCAGCAGCCUCUCUCUUGCCCGCUCUCAUGCCCCCACCCGCCCUCCGCUCGACCGCACCCUCAGUGGCAGAGCGCCGGCAGCAGUGCUGCAGACGCAGUCACAGGGAGCAGCGCACACACCGCACACAGGCCGGGGCAGCAGCAGCGGCCGUUUUGGCAGUGGUGGGCAGGGGGUGAAGGAGCAGGAGGGGGUGGUGCAGCUGCUGUCGCGCGUGGCGACGGUGGAUUGGGAGGAGGUGCGGCGGCCCAUGUCCCGGGCGGCACAGUCCAUCCAGUGCCAUUGGGCCCGGCGCCGCCUCAGCUCCACCAAGCGCUGGGCGGAUGUACCCGUUAUAAGCCUCCCCGAUUCAAGUGUUUCAGAUGGCAGUUUGCAGGAAGGGGCGAGCAGGGUGAGGGGUGAUGGGGUAGGAUGGGGGUUUGGUGGGGAAGGGGAAAUGGGGAGAGUGGGGGCGGCAUUGAGUGGAGUUAGUGACGUGUCUGCUGGGGCAGGGUCAUGUGUGAAGGGGGUGUGA